GUUUCUUGCAAGCCGGGCGAGGGGGGCGUCGGAGCCGCCGCCAGGAGAUGUUGCCGCCGCCCCCGCUGCCCCUCCGCUCCCAGCACUCGUGCGCGGCUUCCAGCUAACCUCGUCGCGGGGACUGGCGGGGAGCAUUCCCACCAACACGCGUGUUCCCGGCACAGGGGUCGUCGUCUCCCGGCUGAUAAAAUGCAUGUGUCAUUAGCUGAAGCCCUGGAAGUUCGGGGUGGACCACUACAGGAAGAAGAAAUAUGGGCUGUGCUGAAUCAAAGUGCUGAAAGCCUUCAAGAGUUACUCCGAAAAGCUGAUCCAACUGCUCUGGGCUUUCUCAUAUCUCCAUGGUCUCUUCUGCUGCUUCCAUCUGGCAGCGUAUCGUUUACGGAUAAAAAUGUUUCUAAUCAGGAUCUGCAAGCCUUUACCGAACCAGGAGCUCUCCAAAAUCAGUCACUGUUAUCGAUUUCUGAUGUUGAAAAGGUACAGCAUUCUCCCUCCUAAUGCAUUUCUUUAGACCGCACUUAGAAAAAUGAGGAAACAAGGAAAAUAUAGGGGUUACACCAGGGGUUUUCAAACUGCUUUGGAAUUUGUUAAGGCUGUGGAAUUUGUUAAAAAUUAAUUUCUUAUAACCCUUGAUCAAGAUGUAAUGCUCUAGUAAUAGAAAAUUGACUGAGUGUGUGUUAAUUUUUUUUGCCAUCAGUCAAAAACAGCAACAACAACAUGGAACACCAACAAGUUCUCACACAAAACCCAGUUGGACAAUCCUGCCUCUUACCUUACUUUUUCUUCUUCUGUUAAGAUCUGUUUUAUAUAGGAGUAGCCAUCAUACACAAGAGUGAAACUCAAACUCUGAAAACCCUCUUCCAUGCUAAGCAUAGAGGAGAAAUUUGUUUAGUUAAUUUUAGACUGUGACCAUCUAAUAUCUCUUA